AGCGAUCGACGCGCUCCAACGAAACUAACCUAAGCGGCGCGCGCCGCGCACCGGAUGUCUCCGAGCCGCCAUCAAUAACCAAUCUUUCCGUUUUAAAGUUUUUUGGCUGACGCGUCGUCGGAACGUUGAGCCAUAAUGCAGAUCUUCGUCAAAACCCUUACGGGUAAAACCAUUACACUCGAGGUCGAGGCCUCUGAUACGAUCGAAAAUGUCAAGGCCAAAAUUCAAGACAAGGAAGGAAUUCCGCCAGACCAGCAACGUCUCAUCUUUGCUGGCAAACAAUUAGAAGACGGACGUACUCUGUCCGACUAUAACAUCCAAAAAGAGUCAACCCUUCAUCUGGUGCUCCGUCUUCGUGGAGGUGUUAUCGAGCCCACCCUGCGUAUUCUUGCACAAAAGUACAACUGUGACAAAAUGAUUUGCCGCAAAUGUUACGCCCGUCUCCACCCGCGUGCGACCAAUUGCCGAAAGAAGAAAUGUGGCCACACGAAUAACAUUCGUCCUAAGAAGAAGCUGAAGUAGAUGAGACGCAAACGGUGGUUGAACGCAAGGUCAAAGGUGCGCUUUUUUUUACGCUCCAACGGCGUGAAUGUCUAAAUCACUGUUCUCUCUAUUCGACUCGAAUAAAAUCUUAAUGGCAGAAGUAUGCAUAAA